CUCGGUUUGCAUCAUCCCGGUUUGCAUCAUCCCGGUUUGCAUCAUCUCGGUUUGCAUCGUCGAGUUAUAUCUGUCUUUAUCCUCCCGUUCCGGCCAGUCCAGCCAGCCCCGGUCACAUCCCUCUGCUCGCCAUGUCGAUCGAGCUCGGUCUCGCAAAGAUCACCACGCUGCUCGCUGCCCUCGGCAACCCCCACGAGAAACUCAAGAUUGUGCAUGUGGGCGGCACCAACGGCAAAGGCUCCGUGUGCGCCUACAUCUCCAAUACCCUCACCUGUGCCGGCUACAAGACCGGCCGCUUCAAUUCGCCGCAUCUCGUCGCUCCCAACGACUCGAUCCGCAUCAACGAACAGGCCAUAUCGCAGGAAGUCUACGUCCAAGCCCGAGCCGCUGUCACGCAGAUCAAUGCCAAGGAGGGCGUCCAGGCGUCGCUUUUCGAAAUCUUGACCGCCACGGCAUUCUGCCUGUUUGCCCAAGAAGCUGUCCAAGUCGCCGUCAUUGAAGUUGGGCUGGGCGGCCGUCUCGAUGCUACAAAUGUGUGCUCAAGUCCCCUCGUCUGUGUCUUCACCUCCAUUGGCCUCGAUCAUGUCGAUCUGCUUGGCGACACCCAUGCAAAGAUCGCUCGUGAAAAGGCUGGGAUCAUGCGGAGCGGCGUUCCUGUCGUCGUCGGCCACCAGGCCAACUCGGAUGCCAAGUUGGUCUUGGUCGAGCAGGCUACGGCCCUCGGCUGUCCUCUCGAACUCGCGCAGCCGCUAAUCAAGAUCCAGGACUCGGACGACACUCAGCUUGUCUCUGCCCGGUUUGCCGGCGCCAAUAUCGAGUUCCAACUGCCUCUUGUGGGCGAUUUCCAACUCGAAAACUCGGCCAUUGCCCUCAAGGCCCUCGAGUUCCUGCAGCACCCUCGCGCUGGCUUUGCCCUGUCGCCCGAGGCAGUCAUCCAAGGCAUGUCAACCGUUCGCUGGCCAGGUCGCCUCGAGUGGAUCACGGCGCCGGCCGUUGGAAGAAUGGUCAUCGAUGGAGCACACAACGCCCCCGCUGCGAUCGAGCUUCGACGCUUCAUCGACAACUACCACCGCAGACACCCACUCGCUCCCGCUGCAACCACAUUCAUCUUUGCCAUGACCCGCGGCAAAGACAUGGCCAGCGUGUUGUCGCAUCUGCUGCGAGCAAACGAUCGGCUCGUCGCCGUGCCCUUCAGCCAGCCCGAAGACAUGCCCUGGAUCCACCCGACACUGCCUGCGGAUAUCGUUGCCCUGGUUGAGGAGCGAUUUGCUUCGGUCGAGUGCGAGGCGGCGGCAGAUCUGGACAGUGCCUUCCAAACAGCGGGCACGCCCGCAUCGCAAGGACUGGUGGUUCUGUGCGGAUCGUUGUACCUUGUCGCCGAUGUCUACCGACACCUGUCCCUGCCGCUGUGAUACCAUUUCCGCCCUUGAGUCCAUGAGAUUGACGGAAUAUACUCUUUGGCUGCGCUGAGCCAAUCGAUCUGGCACACGCACCCAGACGACCGAAUGGAUGACGGGCGGUGAUGGCAAACAGGUCGGCACUGUUACAGAUCGACACCUCGUUGCGGACGGGCAUGCCGUAUAUCCUUGGACCGGCCGAUUUGAUCGUGCUAUUGUGGGCAUCGAUGUCGACCGACCAUGUUGAAUGGUCUAUUGCA